UUGGCCCUGUUUGUUGGCCAAUAACCAUACUCAUACAGAACAGAACGGAACAGAACACGACGACGAGGCGACCGAAGCGAAGCGAGGCGAACGAGACGAACUGCAACUGCAACUGAAACUAAAAGAACGUAACGUAACGUACCGAGGCGAGCUAAUUGCCAAAUGGCCACGUAGUGCGCGAAACGUAACGUGAACGUGAACGUAAACGUAACGAACACCUAUACCAACACACAAACACUCACACACACACACUCUUACACAUGUACAUGCCCACUCUCAGUUGAGAGUCGUAAUUGUCGCGGUUUCUCGUUUAUCGCUUGGCCAUUUUUUUGUAUCGCUAUGUAAAGCGAGUCGCGUUCAACGAUUGACGAUUAACGAUCAACGGGUAACGAUCAGCGAGUAGCGAGCAACGAUCAGCGAUCCGCGCACAAAAUGGCGUCGGCGCAGGCGGAAACGGAUGUGGUAGUGGCGCCCGAGCAGGCACAAGUGACGCAAAGGCAGCGCAGCGGUGGCACAGGCAAAGGAGCCAGUUCCGGGACAGGAUCGCCGAAGAGUAAUCGCAGUUCGCCGGGCCAGGAGGAGAAGAACAUCAAGACGGAGGAUCGCACUUCCCCAGGAGCAGGAGGAACCUCUAAGGACGAUGAAAAGGACUCGACAGGCGGCGGCCUGGGAGGAUCCUCACCCGUGAGCUCGCCCCAGGGUCGGAGCUCCUCGGUCGCCUCGCCCAGCUCCAGUUCGCAACAGUUCUGCCUGCGCUGGAACAACUACCAGUCCAACCUGACCACCAUCUUCGAUCAGCUACUGCAGAACGAGUGCUUCGUGGACGUGACCCUGGCCUGCGACGGUCGCUCCAUGAAGGCCCACAAAAUGGUGCUCUCCGCCUGCUCUCCCUACUUCCAAACCCUGCUGGCGGAGACGCCCUGCCAGCACCCCAUCGUGAUCAUGCGCGACGUCAACUGGUCGGAUCUCAAAGCAAUUGUGGAGUUUAUGUACCGCGGCGAGAUCAAUGUGAGCCAGGAUCAGAUAGGACCUCUGCUCAGGAUAGCCGAGAUGCUGAAGGUGCGCGGCCUGGCGGAUGUGACUCACAUGGAGGCGGCCACGGCCGCUGCAGCGGCAGCCUCGGAACGCAUUUCCUCGCCCAAAGAAAGUGGUGCGUCCACCGGAGGUGGAGGCCAGUCCAGGACCGAAACCGAGAGGGAUACCGAGGAGCUGCUGGCCUUUAUGCAGCCAGAGAAGAAGUCACGCACGGACUGGGAUCCCGCAGAGCUGCGACUAUCGCCCUUGGAACGGCAGCAGAGCAGGAAUGUAAGGAAACGACGUUGGCCCUCGGCAGACACCAUCUUUAAUGCCCCAGCACCACCGAGUCCACUGAGCAGCCUGAUAGCCGCCGAGCGGAUGGAGCUGGAGCAAAAGGAGCGCGAGCGGCAACGGGACUGCUCACUGAUGACGCCGCCACCCAAGCCGCCGCCGAUGAGCGGCAGCAGCGGAUCGGGCUCCCGCCGUCUCGAGUCAGCCAUCCAUGCUCUGGACAUGCCCUCGCCGGCAGCCACGCCAGGACCGCUGUCGCGAUCCUCGCGUCCCCACUCGCAGAGUCCCCAGCAGCAGUCCGGUCAGCAUUCCCUACCAUUGCCCCUGCCGCUGCUUCCGCAUCAUCAUGCGCCGCCACCUGCCCCACAUCCCGCCCAGAGUUCGGCCAGUGGCCACCACCCGCCUUCACCUGCGGGCGAUUCCCGCUUUCCUUUGGGUCCCUCCGCGGCCGCCAUGGCCGCUGCUAUGGAGUUGAGUGGCCUUGGAGGUGGCCCACCUGCCGAGCCACGUCUUCCGCCUCCACCGCCGCACCAUCAUGGCGGCGGCGGAGUGGGCGUUGGAGUGGGAGGAUCAGGGGUGGCGGGUUCCGGCGGAGGAUCGUCGCUGGCCGAUGACAUGGAAAUCAAGCCGGGUAUCGCCGAAAUGAUCCGAGAGGAAGAAAGGGUGAGAAUGAUUGACAGCUCUCAC